AUGCUGUACAAAAUGAGACAUCUCAAUUGUAUCGUGUUAGUAGUAGUAUUAGUCAUUCUUUUAUGUGUCCAACCUGGUAAAAGUAGUCGACUAUUGAAUGAUCAAGAGACGAGAUUAAAGAAAAGAGGCCUUUUUCUGCAUGCACUUCAGAAGGGUCCUGUCCCUCCUUCUGGACCAUCAGGUUGCACCAACAUCCCCGGAAGUGGUGGCCCCGGUUGUCCAAUCAAGGAAAUGCACUUUGCUGGUGGUGGUGCGCGGCCUAGAGCUGCCGCGUAUUCGCAACCCAUGGAUUUAUUUGGUGUGACUUCUCAUCAGAAAUGA